AUGGAAAAGAAAAGUAUAAUGCAUUAUAACAGCUCUCAUAAAAUUUUGCUAGUGGGAGAGGGAGAUUUCUCAUUCUCACUUUGCUUGGCAAGGGCAUUUGGCUCAGCUGUUAACAUGGUUGCUACAUCUAUGAAUGAUAGAGCAUUUCUAGCAAGGAAAUACACAAGUGCAAUGACAAACUUGAGAGAACUUAAGAGACUUGGUUGCACCAUCCUGUAUGAAGUGGAUGUUCAUGACAUGAAUCAACAUCCUUGUCUAAAGCUUCACAAAAAUUUUGAUCGAAUAAUCUUUAAUUUUCCUCACUGUGGCAUCUUUCGACGUGAAACUGAAUACUGGGUGAUUCUGCAACACCAAAAAUUGGUGAGGAAGUUCUUAAAAAAUGCUAAGAACAUGCUUAGUAUCUUAGGUGAGAUUCAUAUUACUCACAAAACAACAUAUCCAUAUAGUUGUUGGAAUAUCAAUAAUCUGGCAGAAAAAUGUGGAUUGUCAUUUAUUGAAGAGGUGGAGUUUCAUCAAUAUUGUUACCCAGGUUAUGAAAAUAAGAGAGGUGCUGGCUCCAAAUGUUACCAGAGUUUCCCUAUUGGAGAGUCUAGUACUUUCAAAUUUAAGUUUGAGUUUGAGAAUAAGUUUCGAGAUAUUUUAAUGUUUUGA